AUGUUAACUCUUCGCUCUGGACAGUCUUCUGACAGUGACGACGAUAUUUUAAUGGAUACCGACGACAUUGACAAUAUGCUCAUUCGGCAGCUGUCCUGCUUGGGGACUAGCGACAAGGAGGUGCUAGUGAAACAGUUUCAAAGCAUUCUCGGAGAUGUUUCGCUCUCCCCGGAAUUAUGUGCUUUCUUCCUAGAUAUGUCAAAUUGGAAUCUGCAGGAUGCUGUAGGCGCAUACUAUGAUCACGGACAUACGAAUAAUGUCGGUGAAAUUGGCCUCGAUUUACCUCUCCUCAAUAUGCAGUUAGUUAAGGACGUCACUAUUGGCGAAGGUGAAUCUGUUCCUCCGAAAACACGAUUUGUGAAGUCCUGGCGAGUGAAAAAUACUGGAGGAGUUCACUGGCCCCAGGGAACUGCUUUGUGCUUUGUGGAUGGAACUCCACUUUCGUGUGAUCGGCGUGUACCAGUGGCAUGUCUUGGUCCAGGAGGUGAAGCAGAACUAACUGUAGAAAUGAUCAGUCCACCGACUCCAGGGAUUUAUCAAAGUCGUUGGCAGCUGAAUACGCCUCAGAGUGUUCCAUUCGGAGAGGCGAUUUGGUGUAUCAUUGCUGUUGAUAGCGACGGGAUUUUGGAUAUUACCCAGCAGUUAGCGAGUGCUCCUCUCGGCCGAGCCAACUCACCUACCGGAUACAAUCCUUUCUCGACUUCAUCUCCAAUUCAAACUAUGGCUGACGAUUUUAUGGGGAUGGAUGUCAACGAAAGGCUAGCCAUGCGUCUUGCACACUAUGACUGUUCGAGUCCGGUUGCGAUUCCACGUGGUGAUGGAACUGAUGGCCCUCCUUGUACUCCCUGCACACCUCCUCAUGAGGAACGAGAGUGA